AUGAAUCCCAGUGGAAUCACCUUCAAGGACGUUGGUGACUUUGGCGUUUGCUCCUGCAUAGGCGACUGCUUUCUGUACACGUGCUCGAAUGCGUAUUCAGCCGUGUUCUGUACGCCAGACACCUGCAUCCUGGGGGCCGUUUGUAGUAACGCCCCAAGAUCUCUCGAGACGCUGAAACUGUACGACACUGGGCGAGUGGGCCUAGGUGUCUUCACCACUACCGACUUGGACGUGGGCGACGUUGUCGGCGAGUACGCCGGUGUCCUCAGUGAGUACGACGCGUUGGUCGACGGACAGCCUGCCGGGGCGUUAAAGUACAACAGCGGUUACACAAUGUUAUACAACACAAAGUCGGCAAACAAGAAGUACGUGUACGUGGAGGCGAAGGCCUGCCGCUUUACUACACGGUUCUUAAGUCAUUCCUGCAAACCUAACGCUGCUUUCGUGGAG